UAACUUUGUAGUUCAAUCUUCAUAUUUGAAUCUUUAAGUUCUAGCAACUCUAGUAAAGAAGAAAAUGGCGGCAUCCAUCUCCGCUACCAUUUCUAUCUUCUCACCAUCCUUCCCUCAGCUCCAAAAGCCUAUGAUCGCCACCAUCGGUUCUCCAUAUCUUCGAUUGCCAUCGAUAAGCAAGGCAGGGAAAGUUAGAUGUUCCGUCGAAGAUAAGCCUCUUGUCAAACCCAUCGAUGAUGCACCACCAACUCCUGAAGAUGACUUGACUCCACAAGCACCCUGUCCAGAUGAGGUGACUCCACAAUCACCGUGUCCAGGAAAGAACUCAUGGCCGGAGCUUGUAGGGAAAACUGGAGAAGUGGCAGCAGCCAUAGUUGAGAAAGAGAAUCCACUUGUUAAUGCUAUCGUGAUAUUGGAUGGAACUCCGACCCCUAGGAAUUUUUCGUGCGAACGUGUAUGGGUGUGGGUGAACACUGACGGGGUGGUGAUUCGAACACCUGUCAGUGGAUAAUGUUGUUUAAAGUUUGUCCGGUAAGAAGUGGAUAAUGUACCAAUGAUCUAAUAAAUAAGAUGUGUAGCAUAUGGUUCUUUUGUCUUUA